GAUGAGGCCCAAGAAGCAGAAUGCCAAGCCCUGAGACUGCAACUCCAGCAGGAGAUGGAGCUGCUCAACGCGUACCAGAGCAAAAUUAAGAUGCAGACGGAAGCACAGCACGAAAGAGAACUCCAGAAGCUGGAGCAACGGGUGUCGUUGCGCAGGGCACAUCUCGAACAAAAGAUCGAAGAGGAGCUCGCCGCCCUCCAGAAGGAACGCAGCGAGAGGAUCAAGUUUCUGUUGGAAAGGCAGGAGCGAGAGAUUGAGACGUUUGACAUGGAGAGCUUGCGAAUGGGCUUUGGGAAUUUGGUCACGUUAGAAUAUCCCAAGGAGGACUAUAGAUGAGAUUUAAAUUUCUUUUUGCCAUUUGAAAAUCAACGGGGAAAAACAAAACAAAACAAAAAAAAAGACAAAAAGCAAACAAUGAUAAAACUUGCAAACCCAACAUUCCCCAUGUUAACGGGCGUGCUCUCUCUCUUUCUGUCUCUCUUACUGACAUCGUGUCGGACUAGUGCCUGUAUAUUCUUACUCCAUCAGGGGCCCCCUUUCCCCCUGUGUCAAGUCCCGGUGCAGGACAGCUCCUGGCGGUCUUUUCCAUAGUAUGUCACAGUAUUGAUGUCUCUGUGCAAUGAUUAAAAAUGUUUCAGUGAAAACUUUGGAGACAAUUUUAAUGGAGAAAAAAAAAAAAAAA